UGGGAGAAAAAUUCGGAAUAAUUGGAUUUAGUAACAUUACCUCGGAUGCGAAACACCUAAUCGAUAAGUACCAGUACUUGAAUUAAAGUUUACUUAUCUUAUCGAAUAAUUAGAUUAUUCUUUCUAUUUUUGUUGACUGAUAGCAGGGUUUUUGUUUCGUGACUCUUGUAAUUUCCGGAGACAGGUGGGGGAUUAAUUGAGCAUUACGUUAGCAUUUCAUUGUAGCACGUGCACGUAUCAAUAGAAAAAAUUCAUUGAGGAGCUUGUGAGGAUGAUUACUGAUUAUAGUAUGAAUCUGCAGAACAGUUUCUCUUCGUAAUUAUAAGAAGUAGGUAUUGUAGUCAGUGGCGUAGCCAGGAUUUUCUCAAGGAGGGGGCAAAACCAGAUUUCUACAUGAUGUCCAAUGAUACGAAAGUAUUGGAUAGACUGAAUUCGUAUUUGAAUGUAUUGAAAACAGAAUGUCUCAAGUUGGCCGAUUACUUUGAAAUUGCUGCUACAGCGUCGUGUAUUACGAAGAAGAAACAAAUAUUCAUAAUUUGGUCGGAUAAGUUCAAGACGAUGAAAAAAGCUGCCGGACCCAAAUCUGCUUUGGCGAAGCUUACGAGAAGAUUGUUCAGUCCCCAAACUGUUUCGUUCUUCCUGAUUUUACAUAUUAUGCAGAAUGGCUAUACCGCAUACUGUAACUCGAGCGUCAUUUCAGAGUUGCAAUUAUUUCAAAAAGAAGAUCGUCAAUCUCUGACUAAUAUGGUGGAACACGCAGGUGUCGAAAAAUACCUUGGUUUACCUGAACGUAGCGGUACUUUCGAUUCGAAUGUGUCCAGCUCUAAAUGAAAUGCAUUAUGAAGAUUUACAACUUCCUACUAUUCUGCUAGCGCUGGCUUACUUGAAAAGGCGACGAAGAAUUUCAAAUUACUUUGUACUCCUGGAUCUUAUUGGGUUUUCAAGUACCUAUAUAUAGAGUUUAUCUUUUGCUUUGUUAACUUGUGUAAAUAUUUUUCGUGUUACUGAUCAAAAUCAGUGAUUCUCUCGCGUAUAGUAGUUCGCUGUAAAUUUUCAUUACGUUUUCAAAAUAAAUGUUACUGUACUGUGGUUA